AAAUUGUCAACAAAAAUCGCGAGGGGAGGUCGCUUACGUCAUUAUUGUUACGGUGGAAGAUAAAAUCCUUGAAUAUUUGCGAAGAUUUUAGCCGAUUUGGCAGGUGCAUAACUUUCGUAAAGUUGGCUAUAAUGCUAUUGAAAACAAGUGACAUUUCUUCAUUUAGCAUUUCAUAAUUUGCCUAACUUCAGUGAGAAAUUAAAAGUGUGAAAGUCGAUCUUUAGUCAGUGUAUUUUUUACUUUUGUCAACAAAUUAUUAUUUUUUAGAGUUACGGUUUUAUCUGUUAUGUUGAUUUACUCGUUAUCCUGCAUUUAGGAACUUCCCCAUCAGAAUGGCUAACAUAGCAGCACAAAGAAUAAGGCGAGAGUUUAAAGAGGUUAUUAAAAGUGAAGAGGUAGCAAAAUGUGCCAUCAAAGUGGAACUUUUAAAUGAUAGUUAUACAGAACUCAAAGGAGAAAUUACAGGACCCCCAGAUACAGCAUAUGAAGGGGGCACUUUUGUAUUAGAGAUUAAAGUACCUGAAACAUACCCUUUCAAUCCACCCAAGGUCAGGUUCAUUACUAAAAUAUGGCAUCCCAAUAUAUCAUCUGUAACAGGCGCAAUCUGCUUAGACAUUUUAAAGGACCAAUGGGCUGCAGCUAUGACAUUGAGAACAGUGUUAUUAUCACUGCAAGCUUUACUUUCAGCCGCAGAACCAGAUGACCCACAAGACGCUGUGGUAGCGAAACAGUUUAAAGAAAAUAUAGAAAUGUUUCAAAUGACAGCCAGACAUUGGACAAAUGUUUAUGCAGGCGGUCCUCACGUAAAUAAAGAAUGUGACGAUAAAAUUAAAAGGCUAGUUGAUAUGGGAGUGGAAGAACAUCAAGCGCGGGUCGCAUUAUCUUCGUAUAAUUGGGAUAUAGAAAGAGCAACUGAACAGUUAUUUAGUUAGUGAACUAUUUUUAAUCCGCCAUUUUACUAUAUUCUCUCUACACUUUUCCUACAGUUUAUUAUGAUACGCAGUUAUAAUUUUUUAUUCAAUAGAUUACCGACUCAAAUUACUUUGAAGGUGUACAAAUGAGGCGCGUUUAAAUUUUGAAUAAAAAAGGAAUGUUUGCACUUAAUUAUGUCUCAAUAAUUAUGUAAAAUGUUUAUUUUGGCUCUUACAAAACUAAUUUUGUCAUUGGUGUUUGAAAUUUAAUGAUGUUACUGCUUACCGUUUCUUAUUACAAAGCCUUUCAUUUAAUUACGUUUUAUUCUUGCUAGUGAAAACCAGAUUAGUUUUUAGCACUUUAAGUAUGGUAAUUGAAUGAAAUGCUUUGUAUAACCACUUUCCAAUGAGUUACUGUUUUAAUUUGUAAAUCGGCGAUUGAAUAUACUGUUAAAUAAAAUUUUAAUCUUGAA